AUGGGUAGUAAUAAUGCUCUGCUUUCCGUUUACUCUGAAAUCAAAGAUGUGAACAACAGACUGUCGGUAAUCGAAAAAGAGAGAUCUGAGUUAAAAGAAAAGCUCCACGUCGUAAGUGUAAUUUGAUUUUUUGUUGAUCUUUAUUUUAGUUGACAGCCAAAGCCAAUGAAUUAGAAGCCCGUUGGAAUAAUGAUGAUGAACACAGCACUUGGAACGACAACAGUUUUCCUUGGGACAGUAAAGUAGACGGAUCUUUGAAAAAAGUUUUCGGUCUUACUUCGUUCCGACCAUUACAAAGGGCGGCUAUCAAUCUCGCUUUAUCUGGCGAAGAUUCUCUUAUAAUUAUGAGUACGGGUGCCGGGAAGAGUUUGUGUUACCAACUUCCGGCAGUAGUAAAUGAAGGUAGCUUUAAUUUAGGUAAUAUUUAUUUUAAUUUUUAAUUUAGGUAAUAUUUAUUUUAAUUUUAGAUGGGAUUACCUUGGUAAUUUCGCCUCUUAUUUCUUUGGUUAAUGAUCAAUUAAUGCAUCUGCAGACUUUGCACAUUAAUGCCAUGGCGUUUAAUGCUGCUACUUCGAAGGAAGAUGUAAGUUUUUCAUUUUUUAUAUUAUUUUUUAGGCCUCAAAUAUUCUGAAAAGUAUCUGUGAACGGAAGUCGGCUCUACGUAUGUUGUACGUGACACCUGAGAAGUUAGCCAAGAGUAAAAGAUUUAUGAAUAAGCUGGAGAAAUGCUAUGAGAUGGGGCUUUUGAAGGUAAUAUUCAUAAGGAAAUAUUUUCACGGUGGUGGAUUAUUUCAGUUGAUUGCGAUUGACGAAGUUCAUUGUUGCUCUCAAUGGGGCCAUGAUUUCCGCCCUGAUUACAAGUUUCUGGGGAUAUUGAAGAGACAGUUCCCAAAGACUCCAUUAAUGGGACUGACCGCGACAGCGACUUUGGAUGUGAUAACAGAUGUAAAGAAAAUUUUGGAUGUCAGAGGUCAGUAAAGACUGAGUGCCUUCAUUUUAUUUUAUUUAGGUUGUGUGACAUUGAAAACAGCAUUCAAUCGAAAGAAUUUGUAUUAUCAGGUGAUUCAGAAGCCAGAUUCAAAUGAUGCAACCAAUAAAUUAAUAUCUGCUCUGUUGAAAGGGGAUUUCAAACAUCAGAGCGGCAUCAUUUACUGUUUGAGCCGGAAAGAUUGCGAAGAACUGACGCAAGAUCUCAAGUAGAUGUUUUAUUUUUUUACAAAAUCUUUUUAGAAAAGAAGGAGUAAAUUGUGCGUUUUAUCAUGGUGAUCUCGAGAGUGGAGCCCGAGUCAGAGUUCAUGAGAGAUGGAAUUCGGGGCAAUAUCAAGUGAUAAUAGCCACUCUGGCUUUCGGAAUGGGAAUUGACAAGGCCAACGUCAGAUUUGUGAUCCAUCAUUCCAUCGCCAAAUCUAUGGAAAAUUAUUAUCAGGUAAGGAAAUAUUCAAUGUUUUAUUGAUCGAUUGCAGGAAAGUGGACGAGCUGGUCGAGAUGACAAUCCAUCUAAAUGCAUUGUCCUCUUCCGAAUGGCCGAUGUCUUCAGACAAAGCACCAUGAAUUACACAGAUUCCGUCUCGCAUCUCUACGGGAUGAUGAAGUACUGUAUCCAGGUAACUGAUUCAGUUCGAAGGGAUCCAAUCAUUCCAGAACUACGAAUGUCGACGUGUAGCGAUGUCUGAAUAUUUUGGAGAAACAUACGAGAAGAAUUGGUGUGAAAAAGGAUGCGACUUUUGUGAAAGGGAUAAUGUAAAUGUAGAAGAAAUUGACAUCACAACUCAAGCGAGGUUGGUCAUGGAAAUAUUACAGGUAAAAUAGGUCUAUGAGCUGUCAUAUUAUUGUAGGAUAAGCAGCUGGGUAAAGACAGAAUAACCGGGAACAAACUUCUCGAACUACUUUACAAGAAGUUGGAAGAUUCUCGGGACUUUCUGGAGAAGAUCGUGGGCACGCUUCUUCUGGAGGGAUAUCUGAAGGAGGAGUUCCAUUUCACCCCCUAUUCUGUGAUCAGCUACAUCGUCUGGGGCUCCAGAAGUGUCCAGGGUCGAGUCACGAUACUCUCCGAUCUCAAUUCCAUGGUGGGCAAGUCAAGUGCGAAGCGACGGAAGAAUAAUAAUAGUAAUAAGUAA